UUAUUCCAAAGCCACUGUGGAAUCCUCAUCUUUCAGACUUUCCGUGGUGGAGUCGGUUGAGCCAAAAUUGUAUCAGACUUAUCUGUUCUGGGGCUUGUCAUCUCUGUCUGACAGAUACAUUUUGGAUUACGACAAUAAUAAGUUUGUAACAAACGUGCAAUGUCAGCUGUGGAACAGCAACAGGCAGAACCUUCUCCAUCAUCCAAUUCAUCUAGUUCCUUUGAAGUAGUGGAGGCAGAUACUGCAAAUAAGUAUGAGGCAGUUGUUCCUCACUGGUUUUACUGCAAGGUAAUAGAUUCUAGAGAGAGGUGGAUCCCUUUCAGUCGACAAGACUCGGAGAAGUUAGAGGAGGCCCACAACUCAAGGAAAGAUGAUGAACAGCUGGUCGUUCCAACGGAAGGGGGCAGGUAUGACGUGCAUUUGAAGAAGAGGCUGCGCUGUGCCAUGUAUUGGGAGGAAGAGGUGUCUGAAGUGAGACGCUGCACCUGGUUUUACAAGGGAGACAAGGACAACAAGUAUAUUCCCUACUCGGAGAGCUUCAGCGAAGAGUUGGAGGAAACUUACAUGAUUGCCAUAACUCUGGACGAGUGGAAAAAGAAACUUGAGUCCCCUACUAGAGAAAUCAUUAUAUUGCAUAACCCAAAGCUGAUGGUGCACUACCAUCCAGUGACAACCUCUGAUGACUGGGGCUCAACCCCUACAGAACAAGGUCGACCAAGAACUGUUAAGAGAGGAGUGGAGAACAUCUCCGCUGACAUCCCCUGCGGGGAGCCUCUGCAAAUAGAUCACUUGGUUUUUGUAGUUCAUGGAAUUGGGCCAGCAUGUGAUAUCCGGUUCCGGUCCAUCGUCCAAUGUGUGAACGACUUCCGUAACGUUUCCUUGAGCAUGCUGCAAACACACUUCAAGAAAGCCCAGGAGCAGCAACAAAUUGGCCGGGUAGAGUUCUUGCCUGUGAACUGGCACAGCCCUUUGCAUUCUACGGGGGUGGACGUCGAUUUGGAGCGAAUUACCUUGCCGAGCAUCAACCGCCUGCGGCACUUCAUAAACGACACCAUACUGGAUGUUUUCUUCUACAACAGCUCCACCUACUGCCAGACCAUAGUGGAUACUGUUGCUUCAGAAAUGAACCGUCUGUAUCGGCUCUUCCUGCAGAGGAACCCUGACUUUAAAGGGGGUGUUUCCAUCGCGGGCCAUAGCUUAGGGUCGCUGAUAUUGUUUGAUCUCCUAACAAAUCAGAAAGAUUCCUCUGAGGAUCAAGACGGCAAUAAAGAGGGAUCCCAGAUGGGUGCCUAUGAACAGGGAGACAUUGGGGGAGUGAAAGAAAUCCUGAAGAAGCUUGAGCUGUCGGAGUACUACAGUUUCUUUGAGAAGGAGAGAAUGGACACGCAAGCACUGGCUCUGUGUACGGAGAAGGAUCUUAAAGACAUGGGAAUUCCCUUGGGACCAAGAACGAAGAUCCUUCAUUAUGUAAGAACCAAAGACGAAACACAGGAUGCUCAGCAGCAGGCCCAUGUCCCUGCUGGGAAUGACGACGAGAGCGAAGAUGCUCCCAAACCUGAGUCAGGGUCAUCCCCGCAUCUGGGCGCCCGGAGCAGCAGCACGAAUGGUGGGGGGAAGUGUCAAUAUUUGGAUGUCGGGCUAGGACAGGUCUCAGCAAAUUACCCUCAGCUAAUCUACAAACCUGACAUCUUCUUUGCUUUUGGGUCUCCCAUUGGAAUGUUUCUCACUGUACGAGGUGUGAAAAGGAUCGAUCCAACUUACAGCCUUCCUACCUGCAAAGGCUUCUUCAAUAUCUUCCAUCCUUUUGACCCGGUGGCAUACAGGAUUGAGCCCAUGAUCAUUCCAGACCUGGAGUUCGAGCCCAUGCUGCUCCCUCAUCACAAGGGCAGGAAGAGAAUGCAUUUAGAACUGAAAGAGGGCCUGACCCGCAUGGGUAUGGAUCUCAAGAACAACCUGCUGGGGUCACUGAGGAUAGCCUGGCAGUCUUUCACCAGAUCCCCACUGCUGGCCGUGGAGGCAGCAGCCACUGAAAACGAAGCUGAAACUAGUUUGGAGAAACAGACAGUCAAUUCAGAUGUGAAACCCGAAGAGCCUGCUGCCUCAGGGAAGGAAGACGCCUCUCCUAUUAAUGUGGGAAUGCUAAAUAGAGGGCACCGGAUUGACUACGUGCUGCAAGAGAAGCCUAUCGAGAGUUUUAAUGAAUAUUUAUUUGCACUACAAGGCCAUCUCUGCUACUGGGAGUCCGAAGAUACCGUUCUCUUGAUUCUGAAAGAGAUCUACCAAACACAGGGCAUUACAUUAGAUCAGCCUCUACAAUGA